CAGCACAUCUUCUCUUCAUACACUUGACAUCUUUCUUCAGUCUUCACUAAGCUAUGGGGAACUGCUUAGUUGUGGAAGAAAAUAUGAUAAAGGUCAUGAAAGCAGAUGGGGAAGUGCUCGAAUACGAAGCACCCAUCAAAGUCCACCAAGUGUUGUCAGAAUUCUCCGGCCAUACCAUAUCUGACACACUUCCGGUUGUCCGGCGUCUCCGGCUAGACUCCGAACUUGUUGGUGGUCACUUGUACUACCUUCUGCCUGCACCACUGGAAGUUGACAAUAAGAAGGUGUUGAGAUUUUCAAAUCCGGUGGUGGAAGCCGCCGGACAAGCAGGGACGGGAGGAGUUGUGAGGAUAAAGAUGGUGAUCAGUAAGCAAGAGCUGGAGGCGAUGUUGAGAAAAGGAGGAGCUUUGAGCAGUAAUGACAUGGUUUCUCAGCUUUUGAAGAAACAGAGUAGUACUAAUGACAUGGUUGAUCAUGAUUUUGAUGGUGAUGAUGGAAAUGAAAACUGUAGAGGAUGGAAGCCUGCUUUAGAAAGCAUACCUGAAGUAAACUAGCUAGUAGUUCUUGUUUCUCUCUCUUUUUUUGUAGUUUGAUAUACAAAUUAAUAUAGAUAUAUAUAUAUAUAUAGCAUGCAAAUCAAUGAUCAAAAGGGAUACUUGUUUCAAUCAAA